UAUCAUCAUAACAUCACAAGCUAAAAAACCAGUCGGUGUAUUCGAUGCCCCUCUCUCUCUCUCUCUCUCUCUCUCACUUCAGCUCAGGGGAUUCUUCCUCUCUCUUAGGGUUUCCUUUUACCCGGGCCUCUAGAUCUAUCGUCCUCCGACUCUUUUUCAGGAAGUUGUUCUUUCUUUUUCGCUAGUACUGGUUUUUUAUCCAUGCCAAAGAUUCCAAGAAUGGAUCGUUGUGGUGAUUUUAUACAAGUAAUUGGACCUGACAUGUCCGUAAAGAUUUUCAUGCAUUUGGAUGACCCUUCUGAUCUCGCUCGUGUCUGCUCUGUUUCGAGCUCUUGGCGCCAAUUCGUGAUUACAAAUGGACUAUGUAAACAUCUUUGCUUGAAGAGAUUGCCUGAGAUAUCUACUGUCACUGAUUUCAUCGAAGUGGGCAACAUGAUAGAACCUGUAACAGUUGGGCAGAGCGCUUGUUUGGAAUGGGAGUACCAUAAGAGGAAUCAUCGAGUAUAUGCAUUUUUAGCUCGAGGAUUAAACCCUUUCUUAAGAAAAGAUUGCAUAUCAGAGGCAAUCUGUGCAUCUAGCACUGAUAAUUAUCCUGAAGAAAGCAUUGAUAAUACUUUGGAGCCAAGUGAUAGAGUUGAACACAGAGCUUCAUAUUGGUCAAGCAAAGGGGCAAGUCACCCUUCAGCACCUGAGACGUUGGUCUACAAGUUGAUGGCUAAUUUAUGUCUUGUUACCGAAAUCCAUAUUCACCCUUUCCAGGCGUAUUUUCAGUAUGGCUUCCCUAUAUAUUCAUCUAAGGCUGUCAGGUUUAAAAUGGGUUAUGCCAAGUGUGUAAAAGAGUUGCAUCCUGAAGUGACAGAUAAUUCUGUGACUGUUGACAACUUUAUAUGGACUUAUACUUCUCCAGAAUUUCCAGUUGUUCAGAAAAACUGCCUACAAAAAUUCAAGCUACCAGAACCUGUUCUUUGCAUUGGAGGAAUUUUAAUGGUUGAGCUACUUGGUAGAGUUCAGAAACAGGAAAUGGACGAUUUAUACUAUAUAUGUGUCUCCCAUGUUCAAGUUGUAGGACAGCCGCUUUUACCGCAGUUUGAUGUGGAGAUAAAUGAGUCAACAGGAAAGUGCACCUUGAAAUACUUCCCUGAAACAGAUUGUUGCUUACCACCACAGGCUUACUUGAAGAAGACGUAGGAACUUCUUCUCCAUUCCGUGCAAUCACUGCAAGACUGGUACAAGAGGCACAAGAGGUUGGGAGCAUAUGAUCUUGAACACAUUACUUGGUCUCGAGAAUUGAGCACCGAAGAACAACUAGUCAGGGAACAACUUGCUUAGGUUUAAUUGUUUUGACACACUCUUCUUUUGUUGUUUUCUUCUUAGUUCGAACUUAAUCUCAUUUGACAUCAACUUUUGGGUAUUAGUAUAAUAGGAGAGGAAAAACUUUUUAACAGUGACCUAAUUACAUUACUAAAGAUCAGUUCUGAGAAAGAAGAUAUUAGGUAGGGGAUGAUUUUGCAA